AAAGCAAAAAGCAGCAAUUUGCAAAAUCAAAGCAUUACAAACAUUUUUUCUGUUGUAGGUUCAAUAUAUUUUUUGAAGAAAGUACUGCCCCUAAAAGCUAAUAAAAUAUGUUUCGCAACCAAUACGACAGUGAUGUGACCGUUUGGAGCCCCCAGGGCCGCCUCCACCAAGUGGAGUACGCCAUGGAAGCAGUUAACUUGGGUUCGGCGACUGUCGGCCUCAAAAGCAAGACUCAUGCCGUGCUGAUAGCGUUGAAGAGGGCUUCCUCGGAGCUCUCUGCCUACCAGAAGAAAAUCAUCAACAUUGAUGAGCAUAUUGGAAUCACCAUCUCAGGGCUUACUGCAGAUGCUAGGAUUCUCAGCAGGUAUAUGAGAAAUGAAUGUCUCAACUACAAGUAUUCCUUGGAUACUCCGAUGCCCCUCAAUAGGUUGAUUGGUUAUAUGGGCAACAAAAUGCAACACUGUACCCAACGCUACGACCGCCGACCCUACGGCGUAGGCCUCCUCGUAGCCGGGUACGACGAACUGGGGGCCCACAUCUACCAGACCUGCCCCUCCGCCAACUACUAUGACUGCAAGGCCAUGUCCAUCGGUUCGCGCUCCCAGAGCGCCAGGACCUACCUGGAGAAACACCUGGAAGAGCUGCAAUCCAGCUCACUGGAGGAGCUCAUCAAACAUGGACUUCGCGCCCUGCGGGACACUUUGCCCCCAGAGGUGGAUCUGAACACGAAGAACGUCGCCAUCGGGUACGUCGGCAAGGGCCAGCCCUUCAAGAUCCUCGAGGAGGAGGAGACCUCGCCGUAUUUGGCCCUAAUUGAGGGCGAGGAACGUAGGGGUGGGGGGGCUAGCGCAGAGGGGCCUGCGGAUCCUUUGAGGGAGGAUGCGGGGGACGACGGGCCCCAGGACCCGGUGCCGGCUGUUGCCAUGGAUACGACGGAGUGAAUUCGAGGUUAUGCUUGGAAUUCUUGUUGGGAGAAGAACACUUUUUGUGUGGGUUUGUGGGUUUCCUUGGUUUGUUGCCGUGGCUGUUUCAUUAUUGAUGGGACAGCCACGGCAAGGAAACAUUGAGAUAUUUUUGCUAUUUGUAUUGGUAAUUGUUCAUUCUUAAUAUUGAGGUAUAAUAAAAUGCUUUAUUAAUU